UGUGUACGGUGCCAGUGUAAUCAUAUUUGAAGGAAUUAUGUCUUUUGCAGACAAAGAGCUUCUUCAGCUCCUGGAUAUGAAAAUCUUUGUGGACACAGACUCAGACAUUCGGCUGCGCAGGGACAUCACAGAACGUGGACGGGACAUUGAAGGCGUCAUCAAGCAAUACAACAAGUUUGUGAAACCGGCCUUUGAGCAGUACAUUGAGCCAACAAUGAGACUGGCUGACAUUGUUGUGCCGAGAGGUGGUGGGAAUAUGGUGGCUAUUGAUCUGAUAGUGCAGCAUGUUCACAGCCAGCUGGAGGAACGUGAGCUCACUGUCAGGGCGCUCCUGGCCUCCGCUCAGCAGACUCAGCCGCUGCCCCGGACGCUCAGCGUGUUGGAGAGCACGCCGCAGGUCAGAGGCCUGCACACCAUCAUCAGGAAUAUAGAAACCAGUCGAGGUGAGUUCAUCUUCUACUCAAAGAGAUUAAUGCGUCUUCUCAUAGAACACGCACUGACGUUCCUACCAUCUCAGCCGUCUGGAGUCCAGACUCCACAGGGCUAUGAGUACGAGGGCCGCAGUUACAACGGGAGAGGGAUCACCGGUGUGUCGGUCUUGCGGGCGGGUGAGACCAUGGAGCCCGCCCUGAGGGCCGUGUGCAAGGACGUCCGCAUCGGCAAGAUCCUCAUCCAGACCAACAUUGACUCAGGCGAACCAGAGCUGCAUUACCUGCGUCUGCCCAAAGACAUCAGCGAAGAUCAUGUCAUCCUAAUGGACAGCACGGUCUCCACCGGAGCUGCUGCCAUGAUGGCAGUACGAGUCCUAUUGGAUCACGAGGUGCAGGAGGAGAAUAUCGCCUUGGUGUCGUUGUUGAUGGCGGGGCUAGGGGUUCACUCUGUGGCCUACGCCUUCCCGAAGGUCAAAAUCAUCAUCAGCGCUGUGGACAAGAGUCUGGACAACUUGUUACAUGUAAUUCCCCGUAUCGGGGACUUUGGGGACCGGUACUUCGGUACAGACGGGUCCGACAGCUGGGGUGACAAAGACCACGAGCAUCCGUCAUGCUGACACACAUCUGUGAGCCACUGUGAAAGAAAAUACAAACACUGUUUGAAAACACCCGUUAUUGUGCAUCCUCCCCUCCAGACACAGACCAGC